GCGACGGCAGCCGGGGUUUAGUGGCCAUGUUAGGUUCGGGCAAGGGCGUCGCCUCUAUUCUCGGUUUCCGCCGCUCGACUUCCGGCUGAGGGUAGCCCCGGCGGACGCGCUUCGAGGGACCGCGCCGUGGACUGGCGAGAAGCUGCAGCAGUUCAGAGGAUUCCCAUUACCCUUCAAACAUGUUUCCCAGGUGUUAACUCGAGCGUGAGUUUUGAAGCUCAGGGACCUGCGUCUCCAUCCUCUCACAACGAUUCGAGUGGCGGUGCUGGCGGUGGAUGAAGGUCCGUGAGGCUGACGUGCAGAAUGGCCGGGAAGAGGCCGUCGGGCCUGGGCAAGCAGCGCUGGCUCCUGGGGCUGCUGGUGGUGGUAGCCGCCGUCCACCUGGUCGCCUGCCCCUACACCAAGGUGGAGGAGAGCUUCAAUCUGCAGGCCGUGCACGACCUGCUCUACCACCGGCUGGAUGUGGAGAAGUUUGACCAUCUCGAGUUCCCUGGCGUGGUCCCCAGGACGUUCCUCGGGCCGCUGGUGAUCGCGGCGCUCUCCAGCCCCGCCGUUUAUGUGCUUUCGCUCUUGGAAGCGUCCAAGUUCUAUUCUCAGCUAGUAGUCAGGGCCGUCCUUGGACUCAGCGUGAUCUUUGGACUCUGGACUUUACAAAAAGAAGUGAGGCGGCAGUUUGGGGCCACGGUGGCCACCCUGUUCUGCUGCGUGACGGCCUCGCAGUUCCACCUGAUGUUCUACUGCACGCGGACGCUCCCCAACGUGCUGGCGCUGCCUGUGGUCCUGGCAGCCCUCGCAGCCUGGCUGCGGCAGAGGUGGGCGCGCUUCAUCCGGCUCUCGGCCUUCGCCGUCCUGGUCUUCAGAGCCGAGCUGAGCCUGCUCCUGGGCCUGGCGCUGCUGCCGCCGCUCUGCCUGCGGAAGGUGUCGGCGGCCAGGGCCCUGCGCUGGGCCGUGCCAGCCGGGAUCCUCUGCUUAGGACUGACGGUGGCCGUGGACUCCUAUUUUUGGCGCUACCUUGUGUGGCCAGAAGGAAAGGUGCUCUGGUACAACACCGUCCUGAACAAAAGUUCCAACUGGGGCACCUCGCCGCUGCUCUGGUACUUCUACUCGGCCCUGCCUCGCGGCCUGGGCUGCAGCCUGCUCUUUGUGCCUCUGGGCGCCGCGGACAGAAGGGCCCUGGCACUGCUCCUGCCGGCGCUGGGCUUCGUGGCUCUGUACUCGCUUCUCCCGCACAAGGAGCUGCGCUUCAUCAUCUACGCCUUCCCCCUGCUCAACGUCGUGGCCGCCAGGGGCUGCGCCCGUGUGCUGAAUAAUUAUAAGAAGUCCUGGCUGUAUAAAGUGGGGUCCCUCCUCGUGAUAGGACACCUCGUGGUGAACGCCGCAUACUCGGCCACAGGCUCGUACGUGUCCCACUUCAACUACCCUGGCGGCGUGGCGAUGCAGAGGCUGCACGAGCUGGUGCCCCCCCGCACAGAUGUCGUGGUGCACAUCGACGUGGCCGCUGCCCAGACAGGUGUGUCCCGGUUUUUGGAAGUCAACAGCGCCUGGAGGUACGAGAAGAGGGAGGACGUGCGGCCCGGCUCUGAGCGCAUGCUGGCCUACACGCACCUCCUGGUGGAGGCUGCCCCCGGGCAGCAGGCCCCCUACCGGGACACGCACCGGGUGCUGGCCAGCGUCCCGGGCACUGCCGGCCUGAGCCUGAACCUCACCAGGCUGCCCCCCUUUGACGUGAACCUGCAGACCAAGCUGGUGCUUCUGGAGAGGCUUCUCGGGCCUUCCUGAGGAGGAGCCAGAGGCCCUCCAGGAACGUCGGCGUUCCGACCGACGGGACGAGACGGGAAACGCGCAGAGGACCAGGGGUGCACCCUCACGGGGGCGCGUCCGCAGCCGGGACAGCCACGGCCACGCCGCCCACCGCUUGUGAGGACGAGGGGCCCGGCACCCCUGCCAGGGUGACGGUGGGUGGGAUGCUGUUUGCCGUCCAGACCGAGUGCUGUCCACGGCAGCAGGACGUGGGUCUCGCCCGCGGAGCUGCUUUUGGGCAGCAGGCUGUGGCCUCUCGGCCCCUGAAAGGGCGUCCCCCUGGGGCAGCGUAACCGCAGAAACUCGGCACGUGCUGGACUCGUCCCCACCAGCACCCAGCCCUCGGGGCGGGGCCUUGUUUGUGGUCACAGGCAGCCGUUUCCAUUUCAGAUGAGGCUUUAGGAGAUAAACGCAUUCAAAAAGAGUGAGAAUCAAAUUGUAAAUGUCUUCUUACUGUCGAUCUCGGGUGAUGCUUCCAGAGACUGCCUCCACCUGGGUUUUGUUUAAGUGAUUUGGGCACUUUCCCACUUUGCUGAACAGUGUUGACUGAGUAUCUGACACGUGUCUGACUUCACCAGGCACUGAAGACGAUGCAGGGAACUGAGUGUGCUUUGCCCGCGUGCACACACACCGUGCACAUGCACACGUGCACAUACGCUACACACGUGUGCGUAGAGGCAGGCAGUCUUCCCUGAGCCAUUCCAGAGGCAGUUGCCUACGCCUGGCCUCCAGCCCGGGUGCCUCGGUGCCUCGGAAGGAGGUGGCGCUUCCUGACCUGUAGUUACUGUUUUUUCCACCGAGGCUGACAAGCAGGCUGUACGGGCCCCUCCCCAGACCUCGCCGACACAGCGCCCCCUGGUGAUUCCUGCUGCGGCCGCCCGCCGCUCAGCGGGCGCCCACCUUCCCCUGUUGCCUGUUGCUCGUGAGCGUUUGUUACUUACCUGUCAUCGGCAGUUCUCAGUGUUUAGAUGUGGCCCCCGGUCGUCAGCCUGCCCGCGUGGACUGCUGCUGGACCUCUGUGGGCCGUGAGCUGCCCUGUCGGUUGCCUUGGUGUUCAAACUGCAGAUUCCCCGGGGGGCCUGUCAAGCCGUGCGGUCCCGGCUGCGUGCCCCGUCGUCAAGGCUUUGAGCACUUCCCUGCUUGCUGGCACAAGGAGUCCCACCCAGGCUCCUCGGGCCUCUCUGUCUCCACCCUGGAGUCGGCCGUUUGGAGGCCCAGGCUCCUUUGGGCAGGGACUGGUUUCAGAGACCGAGAUCUGGGUGCAAAGCGUGCUCGUUGCUAUCAGGAUGCCCGUGUUUCCAGGCCCUUUGCGGAGAGAGGGAGGACAGGCGCGCGUGCACGUGGGCACACGCUUGUGCACGUGCACAGGUGUGAGAGGUCACAGCAGCAUGCCGACACCUCCAGCUCCACCCCACCUCUGUGGCGUCCGUUUGCCUCCCUCGUUCCACGUCUGCACGUCCUGUCCCCGCAGUGAGAAUCCGGACCCCGACAACAUCAACGUACGUUUGACCUGUGUCAAGGGACACCGACCCCCACGCAGUCGGAAAUCUGCACAUAACCUUUGACCCCCCUCCAAGGCUUCAUUACUAAUAGCUCCUGUUGAGUGGAAGACUUACCCAUAACAUGAACGGUCCAUGACACAUGUCUUGUACGUUACAUGUCAGAUACUGUAUUCUUUCAAUUAUGUAAGCUACAGAAAAGAAAAUGUUAAUUAAGAAAAUCAUAGGGGGGCUUCCCUGGGGGUCCAGUGGUUAAGACUGCCUUCCAAUGCAGGGGGUGCGGGUUCGAUCCCUGGUCGGGGAGCUGAGAUCCCACAUGCCUCGCAGCCAAAAAACCAAAAACAUAAAACAAUCGAUAUUGUAACAAAUUCAGUAAAAAACUUAAAAAAAUCAUAGGGAAUUCCCUGGCGGUGUAGUGGUUAGGACUCUGUGCUUCCACUGCUGGGGGCCCGGGUUUGAUCCCUGAUUGGGUAACUAAGAUCCUGCAAGCUGCACGGUGGGCCAAAAAAAAAAAAAAAAUCAUAAAAAAAAAUAUUUAUAGUACUGUGUUUAUCAAAUCAUGAGUUUUCGUCAUCUGUUUCCAAGAUGAAUAGUCUGUCAGUACCUAUAUCAUUAUUGUUUUAGACCAUACGAAAGGCUGUAGAUGUUACACAUAUAACUAAUACUAGACAUCAAUAAUGAAAAGAUAAUGUGAAAAAGAAAUUCACAUUUAUUUACAGGUACAAUGAUAUAUGCAUUGAUAAUGAAGCAGCAGCAACAUGAUUGCUUUAUGGUUGCCUAGUGUGAUCGAUACGAUCACUUCCAGGUAGCCCAGCCUAUACACUAAUGGAUGGAUUGUCAUAAAAUUUUUAUGGCAUAUAGUAUUGCAGUCAUAUUCAUCAUACAGCAUUGGGAACAUUGUUACAUUAAAAACAAAAAACCUAUGAUGAUAGACUGUUACACGGUUUCUCCAAUUACAAGUCAGGGAGGGAGGGAGACUAUACCUGAUUCUUUGAAAGCAAAGUUAUAAAACAAAACCACAUUGUUAAUUUUAUACUUAGUAUCACUCAGCUUAUGCCUAUGUGAGGAUGGAUGUCCAAUAUAAGUCUUUUACAGGGUGUACAGCUGUUAGUUUUUCACAUCGAGACACACAGCAGAGAGGUCUCUUAACCGCAGCAUGAUGAUUGUUUACUGUUUGUUAGGUGGAGGUGGGUCGUCACAAAGGUCUCCAUCCUCCUCGUCCUCAC